GUUUGAGGCUCUCUCCCUCUCUCUCUCUCCAUCGACCACUCCAAUCGAAAAGCACAACACAACUCAACUCAACUCAACUCAACUCAAACAGAAGCAGCCAUGUUCCCAGGCAUGUUUAUGCGCAAACCAGACAAGGCGGCGGCCUUGAAACAGCUGAAGGCACACGUGGCUAUGUUUGGGGUCUUGGUAGCCGUGAUUCGUGUCACCCCUUACGUUCUCCAUUACCUCUAUGAUGAAAAGGAUGAGCUCAAGCUUGAGUUCUAAAUUCAGUGGAUUUACAAGCCGGGAAUUUAAUUGGAACACGAAAGAGAUUGCGAGUUCCGGUUUUCUUUUCUGAUUUAGUACGAGGCCGAAGUGUAAUCACAUAAGUUUAUUUCUGUGCUUGCUUUGGUCAAAUGGUUGUUGGCCUUUUUAUUCAAAUGAAACCAGUGGUAACUUCAUGAAUAUACAUUUACCUGGUCUCUAUUA